AUGGCGACUACGGAUCAGAAUUCCAAUUCAGUGCUUCAAGGGAUUGCCCGGCAUAUUAACUGUUUAAGUGAAGAUAACAGAAAUACAAGAAAGCGAGCUCUGGAAGGAAUACGAAAGGACACCAUUGGUCGGAAACCUCCUCUCGAACAAACGGAUAUUGGUGUCGUAUUUAGUGAAAUAAUCAAACCUUUGUUGAAAUGCUUUUCAGAUCCUGUUGAAAAAUGUCGCGAACUUGCUAUACUUCUUGUGAAAGAUGUUUUAAAAGUCAUCUCAGAGCCACACGAAAGCCUUCCUUACAUCAUCCCUAUCCUUGUCCAGCGUCUUGGACAACAAGAUAUCGUGGAAUCCUCAGAGGAAUUACGAUUAGAAUUAGUGGGACUGUUGCUUGAUAUUAUAGAAUUUUCUGGAAAGAAAAUGGCAGCAUAUUUAGAUGAUUGUAUAAAAAUAUUAACAAAAACCAUUAUAGACCCUUUUCCGGAGGUACGAAAGGAAAGUUGUAAAUGUGCAUCCAAACUGGCUAAAGCCAUUCCAGAAUAUUUUCAAAUGAUGUCAGAGUUGCUGAUCAAACCAUUGCUGAUGACAAUCACACACCAACAUUCACGAGUCAGGGUCAUCGUCAUAGAAACAAUUGGUGAUGUAAUUUUGUAUGGAAAUGGUAAGUCUGUGGAGACCGUUGUUUCUCAUCUUGCACAGCGAUUAUUCGACCAGUCACCUGCUGUCAGGAAAGCGGUUAUCAAAGUGGUAGGCACCUGGCUUCUUGACCUGCCUGAUCGCUACUCCUUCCAUCACAAACUGAUCCCUCUCCUGCUGACCGGCAUCACAGAUGAACAACCAGAUAUUCAAGAAUUGGCUGAUACCUUGUGGUAUGAUACAGGUAUGAAGUAUGAAAAAGAGAAUGAAGACGAACUAAAAGACAAAAUAGACUUUGAAAAGGAAACACCUCAGCACUACCCUCCAAAUGUGGAAAGACCCAAUUUUGGAUGUCGCACUUUGAUGAUGCGCCAUUUUUCAAAGAUUCUGCCUGGGUUGAUGCGUGAUGUUUUGGACUGGGUGGUAGAGACAAGAAUAAAAUCUGCCUCUCUCCUUUACACCUUGCUAAUCAAUACAGAAGACUAUGUAACUCAACACCUGGAGCCCCUCCUUACUGGGAUGUAUCGCGCCUCUGUGGACGAAGAGAAAAGUGUUGUCAGCAAUAUUAAGAAGUCCGCAACAUUGGUUGGCUAUUUUGUGUCUCCAGACAUCUGGUCUAAACUUGUGUUCAAGGCGGUGAGGACAACCCAGUCUUUUGGUUGUGUAAUGGUCUUAGGGGGAGUGGUUAAAGGCACUGAGCGUGCUUCACUCUUACCAUACCUGGACAAUGUGUGUGAUGUCAUUCUAUCUCCAGAUGUGUGUAACACUGUACAAGUACAGAUGCAUAAGGAGCUGUUGUCUUGUGUGGAGGGAAUACUGACAGUAGCUCAAGAGGAUGCUGGAUCUGUUAGUCAGAAACUCUUCAAUCUCCUCCUGACCAUUCUUGCUCAGGCCCAAGAUCAAGAGACUGCCGAUAAGGUUUACCAGCUCCUUGAUGAACUAUGUAAAGUUCAGACCAUGGAGUCAAGAACACAACUCUUCAAUUGCCACACCCGACCUCUCCUCGUUGGCUUCACAGAAACAUUUGGCAUGUGGAACCUUCAUUCAGUCGAAAGACAGAUUUUUGACACACUAGUCCUUGAAGCAGGGCCUGUCAUUGGUGACCUUCUUGAUGACAUCAUACCAGUUAUGGUGGCUAAUUUAAAUCCUGAGAAAGACCCUGAAGUGAGAUUGAAGUUUUUCUCACUGCUAUCCAAGCUUGUAAUGACUGCACCCACUACCAUUGACUCACAGAAUAAGUUUGGAGACUUUGCUGCUAUUGUUGUGAAGGAUAUGAUCAUUCCCAACUGUGUUUGGAGUGCAGGACGGACAGCAGGUGCCAUCAGGACCACAGCUGUCUCCUGUUUGUGGGCACUGCUACAGAGUGGUCUGCUUUCACAGGAAAAGCUGGCCCCAGUUGUUGAGGACCUUCUUACCCAGAUGAUCACAGCAAUGGAUGACAGCAAUAAGAGCACACGUCUCAUUGCCUGUCGUGUGUUGACAAGAGUGUUUGAGCUCAGUGGGCCUUCCCUGGAACUUGAUCGUCUCCACAACAUAUAUCCAGAGUUACUAAAACGCCUUGAUGAUAGUGACGAUGAGAUUCGCAUAACAGUCGCUAAGACAUGGCUUGGAUACCUUGGAAGCUUUGAUGGACGCUAUGAUGCUGGUCUGUACAAGGCACACGUGGAAGCUAUUUACAAAGGACUUCUUGUUCAUUUAGAUGACCCAGACGCCAGGAUCCAGAAGGCUAUACUAGAGGUACUGUGUUCAGCUGCAAGCCUUAUCCCAAACAUGCUGAUAGGAGCCAUAGAGGACAUUAAACACAAGCAUCGUUCACAGCAAUACUGUGAAGAACUAUUGUCCUACACAAAGACUCUCAUCUCAUCCUAAUCACACUGCCAUGCAUGUUUCAUAAUCAUCACGUUCAUUUAGAUUGAAAAUUAUGGUUACAA